AUGGCCGAAGUUGCGUUGGUUGUCCUGAUGGGGUCUGGGAUUGUCGAGCUGAACCCGGAAUUCUGGCCGGCCAUGUGGGAAUUCGCCCGUCUCGCACUGCAGCUCAUUGAGUUCCACGGGAUAUGUCGGCGGUCCCUUGAUGCAGGCAAUUCAGAAUUCGACUGGAAUGGCCCCGAUAUUGAUGCCGAGUGGGAACCCCUUUAUGGGCCUAGAAUGGCUCGCGAGUUAAUUUCUUGGGCGAAGAAGAAUCUAUCGCUGGAGACUACGGCGGGCAUAGUGGCGACAUUUGUAUUCGGCACAAAUGCCAACUCGGUGUGUAUGUCGCUGUGGGCGAUGAUGGAACUGAUCGCAGAUCCGGAACUAUAUCGGGCGGUGCGAGAAGAAUGCCUGCCCGUAAGGUCAGUGGACCUGCUUACUGGAGAGUGA